AUGCCCAACACUGCACCUACUUCGCCUUCUUCAACUCCAAAGAAAAAAAGCUCUACACUCGCUUUCUUGACAAAUGUACACUCGAUAAAAACUUUACCUCCUGCUGAAACUGCCGAGCUUAUAUCUCGCAAUUAUGACCUUAUGGUCGUGUGGAAAGCCGUUCACCGGCAUGGUCUCAAGGAAAACUGUCGCACUUACCGCUUCUUUAUGAACUUGUAUGACUACGACCAAAAACCGGCUCUACUAAUUGGUAAUCAUAAAUUAGAUGCUCAAACCGGACAACACUUAGCUCGUAAUCAGCAUAUUUUUCGUUACUAUGACUAUGAAACCAACCAAACUUCUUACUUCUACCGCACUAACGAACAACUAAUCGGUCACGCUGCCCAGCCAUCUAAUACUACUAAUAAUACUAAACCAAGUGAUAAAACUGCUCUUUAUAUUGGUUUAGGAAUAGUUGGAUUAGUUUUAAUUGACAGUGCAAAGAAAAUAGGAGAAAGUGCAAAAGAAGCAUAUGAGGACAUAAAAGAAGGAGAAGACAUAACAAAAGUUGGAAAAAAACUUGUUAAAGAAGUAGGCAUAAAAGAACAAAUAACAGAAUUGAGAGUUGCAUAUGGUCCCCGUGGUGGUGGUGUAUUGAGUUCUAUUGGAUAUCACACCGGCACCUCAACAUUUACUGGUAAAUUAGAUUUAACUGAUUUUGCUAAUUUAGAAGAAUUAGAUUGUUAUUAUAAUCAACUAACUGAAUUAGACUUAACUAACUGCAAAAAAUUAACUAAACUUAACUGCUAUAACAACAAGAUAAAUAACUUAGAUUUAAGUGGUUGUCCGAAUUUAACUUCUCUUAAAUGCGAAAAUAAUCAACUAACUGAAUUAAUCUAG